GUCUGCCAGUAAAUCCACAGACGAAGAAGAAUGAAGUUGUUAUGAUUGCGGAAGUGUAGCCACAGAUGUAGGCGCUGCCGCAGCCCAACUGAAGAAUCUUAUUUUACGAGGACUCAUUUUGAUCAUAUUUUGAUUUAGCUGUAUGUAGGUCUCUGAGAGCUUCAGUUUACAGCUCGAUCAGGUUGAGCUGUCGUGAUGGCGGACCACAAUGACGUCAGUCUGCAGCCGGAGGAGCGAGUCCGCGCUCUGACCAAGAAGGGAAGCUCAGUGGAAGUUAAUGAUGAUGUGCCCCCGCGCCGCUACUUCCGCUCCGGCAUGGAGAUGAUCCGAAUGGCUAACAUCUACGCAGAAGAGGGCAACAUCGAACACGCCUUCGUUCUUUUCAAUAAAUAUAUCACUCUCUUUAUAGAAAAACUUCCCAAACAUCGGGAGUACAAGACCGCUAACAUUCCUGAGAAGAAGGACACACUAAAGAAACUGAAGGACAUUGCUUUUCCUCAAGCAGAGAUUCUGAAAAAAGCUCUUUUGCGGAGAUUUGAACAAGAGUACACACAGUAUAUUGUCAAAAAGAAAGUGGAGCAGGAGACGUUGGUGCGGGAGCAGUCCAAGCAGCGAGCUCUGGAUGCAGAGCGGGAGCGUGUAGCCGAGAUGCAGCGGCGACAGCGGGAGCAGGAGCAGUUCAGUGCCUUCGAGGAGAUGAUCCGCCGCCAGGAGCUGGAGAAGGAACGCCAGCGUGUGCUCCUGGAGUUUGCCACGCCUGCCGCGCCUUCCCCCAACAUGCCUCUCCUUCCAGGCAUCAAGGGUCCCCCGCAGGUCGCCCCCACCGCCCCACAGAGCCCAGGGGACCUGCCUGGCAGCACCAACAACCAAUACAAUGACCCUCCUGCCACCAUCGGCACUCCUGCCACCAUCGGCACACCUGCCACCGCCCCGCCCACCUUUGACCGGUCGCUCAAGCCCGGUUCUCUGGCCAGCCCAGGGGACAACAAUACAAUGGUGGAUGCCCUUCGGCAGUUGGCUGUUCCGGCUGAGCUGUGCCGGAGCUUUCUGAGGUUGGCCGAAGCCAACACGAGCCGAGCUGUAGAAACUUGUGGCAUCCUGUGUGGCAAACUGAACAGAAAUGCGUUUACCGUGACCCAUGUCAUCGUACCAAAGCAGUCGGGUGGACCGGAUUAUUGUGACACAGAAAAUGAGGAGGAACUCUUCCUCAUACAGGACCAGUACGAUCUCAUCACCCUGGGCUGGAUACAUACUCACCCCACACAGACUGCCUUCCUGUCCAGCGUCGACCUCCACACACACUGCUCCUACCAGAUGAUGAUGCCGGAGGCCAUCGCUAUCGUCUGCUCGCCUAAGUUUAAUGAGCUGCUGUUUUCUGUUCAGAUCACGGUAACUGCGGUUGGUAAAGUUGUAUAGCUCCGGGUAUCCAGCAAAAACCUCAGAAGGCCCGCCUUUCAACUCAUCCCAUUGGACAAUGGAAAGAAAUGCAGGUCGUUUUGUUCGCUCUGGGUUUAAUUUCUUCCUCUCGAGGCAUUCAGGGCACUCCAGUAAAAACGCAAAACUCUCAAUAAAAACAAUUAGUCGCCCUAGGCUGCUAAAAAGCACUCUUUCUGAUCGGGCCCUCAGGAUUCUGUAUUAAUAUUUAAAGCCACGCCGUUCUUGACUGAUCAGAACUUUUUGUAAUUAAGAAUCAUUAUACCUUAUUUAUAUUAUCUGAUUUAUUGAUUUAUUGACGCCUUCACUGUGAGAUUCAUCAAGACAUGGAUCAAAUGUAUGAUGUGGCUCAUAGAGCGGGCGCCCCAUGUUCUAAGAUUGAGACUUACCGCAGCGGCCUGCGUUUAAAACAAUAUUUGGGGCAUCUGACAUUAGUUUGCAUUAUUGGUCAAUGGCCAAAAAUACAAAAGCGACAUUAUACAAGUUUAAGAUGACCUGUUUUAGUGUGUUUGCAACGCGUCUAAGAGAUCUCUGCUGUAAAAGACGUAUUGUAAAUAAAGAUUAUUGCAACAUUCCUUCAUUCAUUAAACCAAUAAAUGUCUGCGUGGCAUUGAUUGAAAUGCAGCGCUUUCAGUGGACCUUUUAAUGAUUACUGUGCAGUUGUCAAGUUGCUGCCACUGGUGUUUUCUGAAUUAGCCCGUGUAAUAAGGAUGUCCCCUGUCUGUGCCAUCAAUGCAAAUCUUAAUGUGGUUUGUCAUCAAUUAUUUUGCAAAUGUUUGUCAAACACCGAAGACGACUCUCCGCCCUCUACUCUGCAGAACACAUCUUCUCAGCUGAGCGUGCACACACCGGACAUACAAACACAUCCAUAUACAGCAUGUGGGGGCACACUUGCAUGGUUUUGAAGCAGGGGCAAGUGGUUGUAAAAUGUACACGCAUAGCAAAUCACAACUUGCUUUUUUAUUACAAUAAACAUAACAAAGUAGUCUGCCGUUUAUAGAAAGCUCUGUGUGUAUUUUCCUCAGUCUCUCUAUGCUAAAGUGUGAUCGUGUGCGAUUG